AUGUAUUCCUCAAUUUGGAAUUUGGUAGCCUUUCUGGUUUUCACAAUCAUACCCCGUAUUUUAGCAGCCCCCACAGACAUCAAUCAUGCGACAAUCUUGUCAAGAGAAGACCAAAUUCAAGAAUCAUACGACUACAUCAUCGUUGGUGGUGGAACAGCAGGCUUGACAAUAGCAGAUCGAUUAACCGAAGACGGAAGAUAUACCGUACUAGUCAUCGAAUACGGAUACCUCACAUCCCAGUCCAUCAUCGUCGCUGGCAAUGGGCGUGAUUUCAAUGACCCCGGAAUCAGAUAUAAUAUCACUAGUACCAAACAGCCGGGCAUGAAUAACAAGACGCAAGCUGUGGUUAUUGGUUGUUGCGUUGGUGGGAGCAGUGCUAUUAAUGGUAUGAUUGUGAUUCGUGGAACGAGGACUGAGUAUGAUGGGUGGAAGGAGCUAGGUAGUGAGGGGAGUAGUUGGGAUUGGGAUGGGGUUAUUCCGUAUUUUCGUAAAGCGCUUCACUUCAACCCACCAAGUCCCGAAUUAGCCCAGUCCUUCAAUAUUACUUGGGAUCCAUCAGGUUGGGGGAAGGGAAUCAUUCUAUGA